GGAGCGCGCACGCGGGCCCCGAGCAGCCGCGGCCGCCCGCCCGGGCCGCCUCCCUAAACCUCCUCGCCUGUGCUCGCGACUCUGCUCCUCUGGAAGGAGCGGCCGGUGGGCCAGCGUGCUGUGCGCGGGGUUCGAGGCCGGGUCGCCGAACCUGGGCCAGGGCGCGGCGGGCUGACUGGGCCCCGGAGCCGUGACCGCCGGGGACGCAGGCGGAGGCGCACGCUGGCUGCCCCCAGGGCGGGGAGGAGGCCGAGAGGACAAUGUCUGGGAGGAACCUCCACCUUUCCACCACCGAGCGCGUCGUCAAAGCUGUCCCCUUCCCUCCAACCCAACGGCUUACUGUGAAGGAAGUGUUUGAGAAUGGGAAGCCUAAAAUGGACGUCCUGAAAAACCACUUGGUGAAGGAAGGGCGACUGGAAGAGGAAGUAGCUCUAAAGAUAAUCAAUGAUGGGGCCGCCAUCCUGAGACAAGAGAAGACAAUGAUAGAACUAGAUGCUCCGAUCACAGUGUGUGGUGACAUCCAUGGACAAUUCUUUGACCUGAUGAAAUUGUUUGAAGUUGGAGGAUCACCUAGUAACACACGCUACCUCUUUCUGGGUGACUAUGUGGACAGAGGCUAUUUCAGUAUAGAGUGUGUACUGUUUUUAUGGAGUUUAAAGAUUAAUCAUCCCAAAACAUUGUUUCUGCUUCGGGGAAAUCAUGAAUGCAGGCAUCUUACAGAAUAUUUCACCUUCAAACAGGAAUGUCGGAUCAAAUAUUCAGAACAGGUGUAUGAUGCGUGUAUGGACACGUUCGACUGUCUUCCUCUAGCUGCCCUAUUAAAUCAGCAGUUUCUGUGUGUGCAUGGAGGGAUGUCGCCUGAAAUUACUUGUUUAGAUGACAUUAGGAAAUUAGACAGGUUUAAAGAACCUCCAGCCUUUGGGCCAGUGUGCGACCUGCUUUGGUCUGAUCCCUCAGAGGACUAUGGCAGUGAAAAGACCUUGGAGCACUAUACCCACAACACUGUCCGAGGGUGCUCUUAUUUUUACAGUUACCCUGCAGUUUGUGAAUUUUUGCAGAAUAAUAAUUUGUUAUCAAUAAUCAGAGCCCAUGAAGCCCAAGAUGCUGGGUAUCGAAUGUACAGGAAGAGCCAGACAACAGGCUUCCCAUCACUCAUUACAAUUUUCUCUGCCCCCAAUUACCUAGAUGUCUAUAACAAUAAAGCUGCUGUGUUAAAAUAUGAAAACAAUGUCAUGAAUAUCAGGCAGUUUAACUGUUCUCCACACCCCUACUGGCUUCCAAACUUUAUGGACGUUUUCACGUGGUCUUUGCCCUUUGUUGGAGAAAAAGUCACAGAGAUGCUGGUUAACAUUCUGAACAUAUGCUCUGAUGAUGAGUUGAUUUCCGAUGAUGAAAUUGAAGAUCACUACAUUUCAAGCUAUCAGAAAGGAGGCACUACAGUGCGAAAGGAGAUCAUCAAGAAUAAAAUCAGAGCCAUUGGGAAGAUGGCCCGGGUCUUUUCAGUUCUUCGGGAAGAAAGUGAGAGUGUGCUGACCCUCAAGGGCCUGACUCCGACAGGCACACUCCCUCUGGGUGUCCUCUCAGGAGGAAAGCAGACUAUUGAGACAGCCACAGUAGAAGCGGUAGAGGCCCAGGAAGCCAUCAGAGGGUUUUCGCUUCAGCACAGGAUCCGGAGUUUUGAAGAAGCCCGAGGUCUGGACCGAAUCAAUGAGCGGAUGCCACCCCGAAGAGAUACCCAAUACCUCGAUGGGCCCGGGAAGUCGGUGACCACAGUACAAUUGAACACCACACACAGGAGCGACAAGGGCAGAAAAGCCAGUAAUGACUCAGAGCCCCGCUGUGGCAUAGGUGGAUCCAAGACAUAAGAACAAAUUUUAUUUAUUUAUUAUUGGAAAACAAAACAAAGCAACUUAAACAACGUAAACCUGGAGGUGCACUCAUACCAUCUGCAUUUAUUCUGUAAGAAAGGUGACCAUUUUAUAAAUUCUUUAAUUUAUGUUUAUAUAUAUAUGUAAAAGAAGUGCAUCUGUUUUGUUUUUCCUUUUUCUUAAUUUUGGGGAACUGAUCCGAUUAUCUGAUACAUAUGUGAAGUGUUGUGCUUUAUAUAAAGGGGACCACCCCCUAAUAAAAGGGCCUUGGAAAAUCCACCCUGGGUUUCUGCCUUGAA